CAGGCCUUCUUAGAUGCUGUCAUUGCGCGCUAUUCCACCAACACGCGAUCGUGGAAGGAACAGGUUCGAAGCCGACCUUCCGAGCACCAUAUCGGCUCAGCCCCACGGAGCUAGCCGACAUGAAGAAAUAGAUCGAGUAUCUCCUCGCAAAAGGACUCAUCCGACCAUCUAUUUCGCCAUACGGUGCCCCAAUACUCAAAACUCGGAACCUCCACAAAAAAUGAAGGAAUUAUUGAAGGAGUUCCAAGACAUUCUUCCCGACGACCUUCCGAACGAGCUGCCACCAUACCGAACGCGCCAAUACGAGAUCGUGGAAGUACCAUGUUCGAAGCCGACCUUCCGAACACCAUAUCAGCUCAGCCCCAUGGAGCUAGUCGACAUGAAGAAAUGGAUCGAGUAUCUCCUCGCAAAAGGACUCAUCCGACCAGCCACUUCGCCCUACAGUGCCCCAGUACUCUUCACACCGAAACCAGACGGAAGCCUGCGCAUGUGCAUCGAUUACCGAGCUCUCAACAAGCAGACCAUCAAGAACAAAUACCCAAUCCCUCGAAUCGAUGACCUGCUUGACCAGCUUCUGGAAGCCAUGGUAUUUUCCAAACUAGAUCCGUGGUCCGGGUACUGGCAAGUACAAAUGGCGGACAAUUCCAUCCAUAAAAAUGCCUUCCAAACUCGGUACGGGUCGUACGAGUAUCUGGUAAUGCCGUUCGGACUCACCAACGCACCGGAAACAUUCCAAGCCGAAAUCAACCAUAUUCUACGCCCACUCUUGGACGAAUGCGUGGUGCUUUACCUAGACGACAUCCUCAUAUACUCACGCGACAUGCAGUAGCACGUCCAACACCUGCGACGCG